UGUAGCGGAUGUUGCCGGUGGCCGGCGGCGCAGAGCAGAGCGGAGCGGAGCCCGCUCGGGACGCGCUCCCGCAGCGGCGGCUGGGACGGGGGCGGCCGGUGCUACCACAGCGGCGGCCCCAUGUUUUCCCCCAGCGAGGAGGAACUGUGCGCGCUGAACAAGGAGCCCGUCAAGUAUGGGGAGCUGGUGGUGCUGGGGUACAAUGGAUCCCUCCCUAAUGGUGACAGGGGGCGCAGGAAAAGCAGAUUUGCCCUUUAUAAACGAUCUAGAGCAAGUGGAGUUAAACCCAGCACUGUCCAUGUCAUCUCUACUCCUCAAACAUCUAAGCUUCAUUUCAGCUGCAUGAGUCCAGAAUUCCAGAAGAGGCAAUUAAAGAGAUCAGAUGUUACAGAGAAGGCAAUCAGCUCAAAAGGCCACCACAGCAUCUCUUACACAUUAUCCAGAAGCCAGACAGUUGUAGUGGAAUAUAUUCAUGACCGAGAUACAGACAUGUUUCAGGUUGGGAGAUCUACAGAAAGUCCCAUAGACUUUGUAGUAACAGACACUAUUUCAGGAAAUCAAAACAGUGAUGAAACCCAGAUUACCCAGAGCACCAUCUCCCGAUUCGCCUGCAGGAUUGUUUGUGACAGGAACCCACCAUACACAGCAAGGAUCUUUGCAGCUGGCUUUGACUCAUCUAAAAAUAUAUUUCUUGGUGAAAAAGCAGCCAAGUGGAAAAACCCUGAUGGCCACAUGGAUGGAUUGACAACCAACGGGGUGCUGGUGAUGCACCCCAAGGGAGGCUUCACGGAGGAGUCCAAGCCCGGGGUGUGGCGGGAGAUCUCCGUCUGUGGGGACGUCUACACGCUCCGGGAGACCAGGUCUGCUCAGCACAGGGGCAAACUGGUAGAAAACGAGACCAACAUCCUGCAGGACGGCUCCCUGAUCGACCUGUGCGGGGCCACGCUGCUGUGGAGGACGGCGGACGGGCUGCUGCGCUCGCCGACGCAGAAACACAUCGAGGCGCUGCGGCAGGAGAUCAACGCCGCGCGGCCCCAGUGCCCCGUGGGCUUCAACACCCUGGCCUUCCCCAGCAUGACCCGCAAGGACGUGGUGAAGAAGAAGGACGUGGAGGAGAAGCAGCCUUGGGCCUACCUCAGCUGCGGCCACGUGCACGGCUACCACAACUGGGGCCACCGCAGCGACACGGAAGCCAACGAGCGCGAGUGCCCCAUGUGCAGAACCGUGGGCCCCUACGUGCCUCUGUGGCUGGGCUGCGAGGCCGGCUUCUACGUGGACGCCGGGCCCCCCACGCACGCUUUCACCCCCUGUGGGCACGUGUGCUCCGAGAAGACUGCCAAGUACUGGUCGCAGAUCCCGCUGCCCCACGGGACUCACGCCUUCCACGCCGCCUGCCCCUUCUGCGCCACGCAGCUCUCGGGCGGCAACAACUGCGUCAAGCUCAUCUUUCAGGGCCCCAUCGACUGAGGAACCGCACGGCAAUGACCACGAUAAUAAAAGUUGUCUUGAACGGUUUACUGUGAAGGUUUUUUGCCACUAACUCUAGAUUUUACCCCUUUUUUUUAUAAUGUUGUUAAUAACGGGGUGGGAGGGCGGGGAUGGGGGAAGCGAUGAGGAGAUGGAGGGACUGUGGUGGAUUUGGGAUACAUUGAUACCUGGAACUUGACAGAUAUCAGUGGUGUUGCAUGCUCGAAAGCAGCAUAUUCAUGGAGUCUCCUUGGUCCAAUUGUAGUAUAUUUGUAAUCUUUUUAUUAGUACCCUGGAUCAGAAAAAGGUGUCUUAAAUGAUUUUUUUAAGCUAAGAUUUUUUAAUGGAAAGGUUUUUUCUUCUAAACUUUGACAAGCCUUUAAAACCUAUUUUUCAAAUCUAGAAGGAACAUACAGAAUGUAACUGUCUUUAAUUUGCAAUAUAAUUUAACUUGAAUAGUUUCUCAAGGAGCAAAUACAGAAUGUGUGGACAACCACAGGUGAAUGUUCACUAGAGAUAAUUGGAUAUGUAAGAGAAAAAAUUAGCUGCCUAAAGUGUAGAGGAUAAGAGCUAUUAAAAUAUCUGUUAUGGUAUAACACAGCUGGCCAAAAAGGCAUCAAAGAUUACUUGAAACUGAGGAAAUCCUGUUUGCAUUGAUUUCCUUUCAGUGUAGUAGAUAUCCACUGGCUAUUAGGUAUGGGAGAUGGCUGAUUAUUUUCUGGGGUUUUUCUCCAUUUAACCUGCAUCCAUUUCCAUUUAACCAUGGGGAAACCACUUUGCUCUUUCCCAUACUUAGCUCUGGGUUUAAGCUGAUGUUCUGUGUGUGUGUAGUCUGGCCUUUUUAUUUCUGCUUUGCUUGCCCUCAGUGCUCCUUACCCAGGACCUUUGGGUGAGUGGAGGCCACAGAUUCCCAAAAUGGUUUGGGUUGUCAGGGACCUUAAAGCUCUUCAGUUUCCCUCCCUGCCAUGCCAGGGACACCUUCCCCUGUCCCAGGUUGCUCCAUCCUUGCCUUGGGCACUUCCAGGGAUCCAGAGGCAGCCACAGCUUCCCUGGGCACCCUGGUGGAGUCCAGGCUUUGCUGCAGUGAUGAAGGGGUGGUGCCACAGCACACAUGAGGUUUAGGUACAGCUGGUACAGAAUUUGUCUCCAUAAACCUGAAUUCAGGAAAGCACUUAGUCUGUCCUUAAAUCUACGCCCACGGCUGGGACUGUUUAGAUUCUCAAGAGCUUCAGUGCAUUGAGGUUGUUUGCUGUUAUGUUUUGAAAUUAAAAAAAAAAAGGCAAUUUAAAAUAAGUUAUUUUUUAAGCUCACUUUAAAGCAUUUUCACUAGAAGGGAGAGCAUCAUUUCCAGUUCAGCUCAGCAUUUUUGUUCACUUUUCAACUUGCUGCCAUCUGUCACCUUUUCUUUUGCAGAUUGAGUUGUGUUUGUAUCUCUUUUUCCCCCCAAAUGUUUGCAAAUCAAACAACAUUCAAAUGUAAUCAAAUAUAUGCACCAGGGUGGUACAUCUGAAGUGGAUCACUUGAAAUUCGUGACUUUUUAAGAGAGCUGAUAAAUGUUUACUAUGGAAAUAAUUAAAUCAGAAUUUCAUAUGAGA